AUGCCAGCACAUGUGAAGUUCCAAUUGGGAAAACUUUAUUUUUUCUAUACUGAGAAUUUGGAAUUGGCGGUGCAGUACCUGGAUUCUGCUUACGACAUGAUGACGCGGAUGGGCGAGUACUUCAUCCAACCGCGGUUAGAAGCUUUGGUUCUCAUCUGCGAAGCUCUCAUUCACGCAAAACAACUAUUGAUAUCGGAAAGAGUGUCAGCCUCCGUUUCAGCAUCAUAUCUCGGUUUCAGGAACAGAAUGCCAAUAGAAUUUUGGUUUUGGGCGUGGAGUAUAGUGCAGAAAAUGACGGGCACACUGAAGGAAGCUGAGGAACUAGGAUCAACUUUUGCCAAAGUCUUCCUGAGGCUACACUCGUUGCCGAAGCUGCUGGCCGUACGCGAGAAGUACUCCUCAGCCAAAGUGCUACCCGUGUCCCAGUUGUAUGAUAGUGAUAUCAAAAUUCUCACCCAACUUUCAUCAUAG